AUGGAAGAUAACAGCAUAUGGUCCAUCUCCAAUUCAUCAAACAUACGAGGAUUGCAAAAAUACGGCUAUACUGCUACUUCUGAUAAUGAUUCAUCAGGAUAUCAUGAUCACGGGCCGUUCAUCAGGGAUCAAGAUCAUCUUCUUCCGAUAGCAAAUGUUGGUCGAAUCAUGAAAAAAAUACUUCCUCCCAAUGCAAAAAUCUCUAAAGAAGCUAAAGAAACCAUGCAGGAAUGUGCAUCAGAAUUUAUCUGUUUUGUUACGGGAGAAGCAUCCGAUAGAUGUCACAAGGAGAAGCGAAAGACAGUUAAUGGGGACGACGUUUGUUGGGCGCUCGGGAGUUUAGGAUUCGACUAUUACGCUGAAUCGUUGAAGAGUUUUUUGUAUGGAUACAGAGAAGCAGCAGGAGAGAAAGUUGAUAAUAAUCAGAAUAUCAAGGCUGCAGUUUCUUAUACUCCAUUCAGUUUCAAUGUGAACUAG